UCUGAAUCAUUUAAUGGGCCUGGCAGCUCAUGAUUAUAUCGCGCGAUUUCACUUGAAGCUCUCUUGAAUAUUUCAAAUCUACAAAAACUGUGAACAGAAAUGGCAUCGACAGCACAGAUCAAAGUACUACUACUUACCAAAACCUGCGGUUACCGUCAUGACUGCAUUCCCUCCAUGAUCUCAGCCUUCAGCUCACUACCAUUCUCCGUAAACGCAACUGAAGAUUCAACAGAACUACUCUCUCUUUCAGACUACGACGUCGUUGCUCUCGGACACAACACCGGCGAUUACCUAACUGAAGAGGAAGUCACCUCUUUGUUAAAUUUCGUCGAGAAUGGCGGUGGCGUUGUAGGCAUCCAUGCUGCUACAUCCGGCCUCGAUACAAAUGCCAGGUAUACCAAGAUUUUGGGCGAAGUGUUUAAUGGCCACCCACCACCGCAAUGGAUGACUCUCUCAGUGGAAACCCCAGAUCACUACAUCAACGGGCAUGAGUCUCUUCCUGGUCCCAAUGCAGCACCUGAAGAAGCUCAUAACUGUCCUGUUAAGACAGAAUCUCUUCUAGCGAGGCAGUUUCCAUGGUUCGACGAGGUGUAUACCUUCAGAUCGCACCCACGCGUUGAAGGCCGCACGAUCUUACUUUCAGUGCAAGAGGGCAACGAGGAGGGCGCUGAAUCUGCUGGCUUUCCUCUGUCAUGGACUCAGACGGUCGGAAGGGGAAGAGUGUAUUACACUGCUUUGGGUCAUUUUGAUGAAGCAUAUCAAGACACUUGGUUCAUGGAAGGCUUGCGCCGAGCUGUGGUAUGGACUGCGAAGAAGGAUUGAGUGUAUGCUUUAUGAGAAAACACGUUUGUGUACAGACCCUUUGGGUGACAAGGCGAAUCGAGACGAACUUGACACUGUAUCAGUCUUCAUUUGAUAAUGUUGUCCAUUCGGAAUAAAGCUGUUUUUCAGGCAAUUACCGUGCGCUGUACCUAUUCCUGUAGAGUCGACAUGCGGGUUGAUCAUCGCGGGUGGAUGAUGAUCCAUGGACCUUAUUUCUUGACGAAACGGCUUAGAAGUUCGACCAUAACUGUCGUCAGAACUAAGUUUCGAGCCAGCGUGAUCUUACCACAUUGGGAUAAUCAUUCCCUCCUACCUACAUAAGGUGAGUUGUUUUCGGCCAUGUUCGAUUCUGCGUCGCCAAGAUGUCCUCUCAGUUCCUCGCCAAGACAUAUACCUCCAGUCGGAAGCUCCGUUCCCUGAAAUCCAUUGAUCUUCACAGCUCCUGGAUCAGAAUAAACUCUGUCGCCUUUCGCGGGGUCGCAUUGCGGAGUUUAUCCAACGUCGGCUUACCACUUUUAAACCUCUUUCCAAGCUAGCCAAGAAAGAUAAGCAACGGGACCAACAACGGGAACUGUAGGAUUGUGGAUCAUGCGGGACGGAACAAGUCUUGGGCCGAGGGAUCAAUGCUUAAUACCCAGUUUAUAUCUGGGCUUGGCUAUUGUUGGAGGAGUCUUUCGUGAUGACUUUCUUGGCGGUUUGGUUUGACUGAGUCAAUGGUCUCAAGACGCGGUCCAAUCAUGGAGUUGGACUCUGCACGCGUGAACAAGGAGAGUUACUUGACAGGGUAAUGAGACACGUUGAUCUUGGGACACGACAGGAUCAACAGCAUAGGUGUCUUUAAAGGAUAAUAAACGCGCAUAAGUCAGUUUAUUGAACAAGG